GUUUAUAUGAAAGAUAAGUCAUCGACAGAUUACAAUAAGAAUGGAAAGAUAUGGAUAUCUCAAAUAAGAUAAAAUUUUAAAACAUUCACUUUUAUAAUAGGCUGAAGGUCAUAUUGAUAAUAGUCGCUCUUACGGGCUCAGUCGUAAUCGAGUAGAUGAACCAUGUACUCGUAUCUCUUCUUUAUUUUGUAUCUACUGAAGUUCGUAAGUGCAGACACCAAUGAGAUAGUUUAUCAAACCAAAUACUUCGAUGCACCUCUUGACCAUUUCAACUUCAGGGUAACAGACACUUUCAAACUCCGCUAUUUGAUAAACGAUACAUAUUGGAGGCCACACGAUGGAGCUCCGAUAUUUUUCUACACCGGAAACGAAGGAGACAUCCACAUGUUUGCCAAUAAUACGGGCUUCGUUUGGGAGACAGCCCCACAGUUCCACGCUUUGAUAGUAUUCGCUGAACAUAGAUACUAUGGGGAGUCGAUGCCAUUCGGCAACUUAUCUUUUACAGACCCAAAAUAUUCAGGCUACCUCUCUUCCCAGCAAGCACUCGCUGACUUCGUCUCCCUGAUCAAGUACCUGAAAGAUUCUUACAAGGUUCCAUUCAACCGAAAUCCAGUGAUAGCUUUCGGAGGCUCCUAUGGAGGGAUGUUGUCGGCAUGGAUGAGAAUGAAAUAUCCUUCUGUCAUCCAAGGCGCACUUGCAUCCUCAGCCCCAAUUUGGCAGUUCACAGGCAUGGUACCUUGUGAUGCUUUCAACAGGGUAACUUCCUCUGCUUACACAACUGAAUCGGUACAAUGUGCUGUAUCGAUUAAAAAGUCAUGGGGGUACUUUGAUCAGCUUGGAUCAUCAGAUGAUGGACUGAAAUGGUUGACUGAUACAUUUAAACUGUGCAGUCCUCUUAAAGAUGUAAAGGAACUGAAGGACUGGCUCAAUGAAGUUUUUGUCAACUUAGCUAUGACCAACUAUCCUUAUCCAACUGAUUUUCUUGCCACACUACCAGCCAACCCAGUGAAGGCCGCCUGCAAGCAUCUGAUGAAUUCUAAUGUUAAACGUGAACAGUUAUUGAACAAUCUAUUUAGUGCUAUUUCUAUUUAUUUCAAUGGGACUGGAUCAGCGCAUUGUUUGGAUUUGAACAAAUCAGCUGAUGAUGGCCUCGGAACAUUAGGAUGGGACUUCCAAUCGUGCACAGAGAUGGUGAUGCCCAUGUGUGACAGUGGAACAACAGAUAUGUUUGAAAAAAGUGAUUGGAACAUAAAAGAGGUUUCAGAUGAAUGUUUUAAAAAAUUCAAAGUGAGGCCAGACCCUGGAUUAGCAGAACUGGAAUAUGGUGGGAAAAAUAUUCAUUGGGCUACAAACAUAAUAUUCAGUAAUGGACUUUUAGAUCCUUGGUCCAGUGGAGGAGUCCUCAAGAAUAUGUCUUCAUCUGCUGUAGCAGUUGUCAUACCUGAGUCUGCCCACCACCUGGACUUGAGGUUCACUAAUGAAGCUGAUCCAAUAUCAGUUCGUAGAGCUCGUAAAUUUUAUAAAAAGACUUUUUUGGCAUGGAUAAAACAGCACAAUGAACAGAGAUUAUACUGAUAAUAUAUAUAUCUAACCUUUGUAAAUAAAUUUAAUUUUUAUUUUA